UGAACCUACAGUUGACACGAGAAUACACGACUUUGCCGGAUGGUAGCCCAAUAACGUGCUUAGCUAGUACUUAAACAAGUGGUGUCAGUUUUUAAAGCAACAUCAAUACUUAAGAUACAAACCUUUGUUUUUACCCUCCCAUAAAUUAAACACAGGGGAGGCUGAUAUUUAUCCCUCAAGUUCCCAGGGAUCCCUCAGCUUGAUCCGAUGAAGGCUGAGCAAGGCGGAGACCUCCUGGAAGAAGAGUCCCAGCAGGAGAAUGGCGUCCAGACAAACCAUUACAGUUCCAUCUCUCCUCCUGCCUCCCCAGUGGCCCAGGAUGAAGCCUUUUCCACUUACUUUGAGGAGAAGGUGCCCAUUCCAGAGAAUGUCAACCAGGUAUUCAGUUUUCGUAAACUCUGGGCCUUCACUGGACCGGGGUUUUUGAUGAGCAUCGCCUACUUGGAUCCAGGGAACAUCGAGUCAGACCUGCAGUCUGGAGCUAAAGCUGGUUUUAAGCUCUUGUGGGUGCUCCUCGGAGCCACCAUCAUAGGGUUGCUGUUGCAGAGAUUAGCUGCACGUCUCGGGGUCGUCACGGGGAUGCACCUGGCUGAAGUCUGCAAUCGCCAGUAUCCCACAGUUCCUCGGAUCAUCCUUUGGUUAAUGGUUGAGCUGGCAAUCAUUGGCUCCGACAUGCAGGAGGUCAUUGGUUGUGCCAUAGCUUUCCACCUUCUCUCUGUGGGCAGGAUCCCACUGUGGGCAGGAGUUCUCAUCACCAUCACAGACACAUUUGUGUUCCUCUUUUUAGACAAAUAUGGUCUGAGAAAACUUGAAGCUUUCUUUGGCUUUCUGAUCACUGUAAUGGCUGUCAGUUUUGGUUAUGAGUAUGUGUUGGUGAAGCCAGACCAAGGGGAGCUUCUAAAGGGGAUGUUUGUACCCUACUGUGCCGGCUGCGGACCUGUUCAGUUGGAGCAGGCUGUGGGAAUUGUAGGUGCCGUCAUCAUGCCCCACAACAUCUACCUGCACUCAGCAUUGGUCAAGUCUCGGGAUGUAGAUCGCAAAAAUAAGAAGCAAGUAAAAGAAGCCAACAAGUACUACUUUAUUGAGUCAUCUAUCGCCCUCUUCGUCUCCUUCCUCAUCAACGUAUUCGUAGUCGCAGUCUUUGCUCAAGCCUUUUACAAUAAAACCAACAUGGAGGUUAAUGCUGAGUGCAACGCGACCGGCAGCCCUCACACAGAUUUGUUCCCUCUCAACAAUGGCACACUGGAGGUGGACAUUUACAAAGGAGGAGUGGUCUUGGGUUGUUUUUUUGGUCCUGCAGCUCUCUACAUCUGGGCUGUAGGAAUUCUCGCAGCUGGUCAGAGCUCCACCAUGACAGGCACUUACUCUGGGCAGUUUGUGAUGGAGGGUUUCCUGAACCUGAGGUGGUCUCGUUUUGCUCGGGUGCUGCUGACCCGCUCCAUUGCCAUCACACCUACACUGCUGGUAGCCAUUUUUCAGGAUGUCCGACAUUUGACUGGGAUGAAUGACUUCCUCAAUGUGCUUCAAAGCAUGCAGCUUCCAUUUGCUUUAAUCCCAAUUCUAACCUUCACCAGUCUGACCUCCAUAAUGGACGACUUUGCUAACGGACUGUUGUGGAAGAUCUUAGGAAGCAUCGUCAUCUUGGUGGUUUGUGCAAUCAACAUGUACUUUGUGAUCGUUUACGUGACGGCGCUGAACAGUGUGCUGCUCUACGUCCUCGCUGGUUUCCUCUCUGUGGGAUAUCUGUGCUUUGUGUGCUACCUGGCUACAUCCAAAUUCUUGAAGUGUUAUUCACUUCCUCCAGGGGCAAAAUCAUCAGCUGAGAGCAUGGCACUGUCUUAUUGCCUUGGGGGUUUCCUGCCUGGACUUUGGCAGCAGGAUACAAGGAGGACUUUCACGCCAGACAGACAUUUACUUACUGAACGACAUGGACUCUGAUGUAGCGGUUGAGAGAUGAAAGGACACUUGGAGUGGGUGCUGUGAACUGUGCUUGACAGUAGACAGACGACCUGAAACAAGGGACCACUGAAGCUGGGCCAGUAUGUUUUCAUCUUCACCUUAUGGUGCCUAACAUUUUUCAAGUGUCCUUAUCGUGCACCCAGAGAUAGAUUAAUUAUGUAAAUCAGUGACAGAUGUUUGCUGUGGUCAUUGCUAUUAACAAGUUGCAAAGAAAAUAAUUUAAUAUGUGAGUCCUAGAAGGAGACGUCUGCACUGCUACUGUGAUACAUCCACCCCAUAACUUCUGUAAGGAAAAGCCAGUGGUAGUUUCCAACCAGACACAACAAAAAUGGAAAAAGGUUUUCCAUUCAGGAAUAAACUAAUUAUGCCUAAACACAGUUAUAAUAACUAAUAAGCCAUAGACACGUUAGUGUACUAAUUUAGAUUUAUGUUUUAGCCAUUAAGAUGUACAUAAUGCCACAUGGAAUGGCUGUUAGUUUUUACUUUCUAUGUAUUAACCUUCAUGUUCUGUUUUUCCCGGUUUAAUCUCAGAUAUUUGUCUUUAUCUGACAUCCAUACAACAAGAAACACAAACAUGAGACCUCUUAAUCCAUAAUACAUGUCAGUCUCUUCCCAGUGUUUAUGUUUUUAUGUUUAUGUUUUCAGAUUCCCAUUGGUCUGGUUACUAUCGAGAUCAAAUAUUAAAUUAGCCAUUAAUAUUAAACUUGUGUAAUUGAUUGAUAAUAAUAUAUUGAACAUUUAUAGAACACCUGAAAAUAUUCUAGUUAUUUAUGUGUGAUUGAUCACACUUGUCCCUAUGUUUUAUACAACUUAAAAGAGGUGGCAGUGUUAUGUCACCCUCUUUUGUUACAGAUAUGCUAAAUAUUAAAUUUAAAAACAAAAAAAAGACCAUUUAAUGCUGGAGUAAAAUGUUAUCAUUUUAUUUUUUGUGGUUCAUAUGCUUUAAUGAUUUGAACAGCAUCAGAUUAGCUGCUGGGGGAUUUCUUCUAUCUGGACCACUCUGUUUUAGCCUUUAAGGCCCGCCUCCCGAGAGACGCAGUCUGCUCUGAUUGGCCAGAAAUUGUGGGGCGUGAGGCAGCUGAUCCUUGUUUUUGUAGUGUCCAACUUGCCUUUAUGCAGGCUUUAUGCAAAUAUGGACCUUUCGUUAACACUAAAGGGAAGCUGCCAAACCAAAAAUCCCUUUCAGUGAUAAAGUAUUUAUGGUCAUAAUUUGUCGGCUGUUUGUGCAAAUAUGAGAUCAUGGUAUAUUAUUGCAAUAAAGCCAGGAGUUCAAGUCCUUGCUGCAGUGGUUUUUAUUUAUACUAUAAAAAUAAUAACAGAAAACAUGGCAGCAGACACUAAGCACUCGAGUCUUCAUGUGUUUCUUAUUAUUCAGACCACGAUUACAUUCCCACUUCAUCCUAAUAAUUUUCCUUCAUAAAUCUGCAGCAAGCUCCAUGAUUGACCAGGACUGAAUGCACUAAUAGGUUUCUAAUCCGUUCCCACAACCAUCAUUAUAAUGUUCCAGCACAUUAAAGUUGAAUUAUAUAUAAAAUCCUCUUUUCUUUUUAUUAGUUUUCUUUAUUUAAUGUUAAUUUGUGUUCGUCUGGGGUUGGUUUUCUUUAAGAUGUACUUGUUUGCUUUAUUUUUCUGAUUUUCUAAUGAUAUCUUUAUUUUCAUGGAAGUUUUGUUUAGCUUCUGUUUCUAGAAAAUUUGAUUGCUUUAAGUUUGACAAAUCUGUGCAGAUAUGUGCCAUAUGGGUAGUAUGUCAUUUCUGAAAUGGUUGUGAGGGAAAAACUUACAGUGAGGUUACUACAGGACAUGUUAAGUGUUGCAUUAAUGAUAGCCACACGUUUGGUGUAGCGAUAACACAGAAUAUAAAAUUUUGUAAGUAGAAUCUGGUGUAUGUUUGGUGUACAAAAGAGAAAUGAGAAGUUUCUCUUACCAUGAUACUUUGAUGCCUGCUUUCUGGUGCACUUGAUUACCUAAAUUCAUGCUGUAUGUCAUCAUUUCUGUGCAGACAACCACAAUGCCUCCUGUGCUCAUCAGUGUGCCUCAUGUUUUGGAUCGCUAUAACCAUUUUUUUAGGUGGCAAAAAAAGGAACGACAAGUUCCUCAAAGCUGAUUUUAGGUAAUCUGAUGCAUCAUUCACUAAACAUGUCCUGAAAUAGUGUUUUCAGUUUGGUUAAUAAACAGAAAUCCAGACAGCCUGAACUAUUACUGGGAGAACUAGAAAAGAGUAACUUUAACAUUAAUCGGUAUCAUAUUUAUAAGUAUUAUUUUUAAUGUUUUAAUUAUAGAGGAUUCGUCCAAAACUUUUUGUUUGUUUGUUUGAUGUUCAGACAGAAAACUGCUGCUGUGCCGUGUGAGACAAUGUUCAGAUCAUGUGGAAGGCUGAUCUUCUGCCGUUGUAUUGUAUGUUUGAAUAUUUGUCUUGACAUAAGAAUAAAUAAAUAAACAAGUUUUAAAUGCU